AUGGCAAAGAUCUUCAAUUCCGUCUGCUUCACAACUCUUGUACUCGUUGUCUUGCUCAUUUCGGCCGAAAUCCCGAAGAGCGAGGCGAAUUCGAAAUGUAAGAAGUUUUUAGGGGAAGCCCCAGUGGGAAACAAAUGUAAGGAAAAGGCUUGUGAAGCCAUAUGUGCGCAAUAUUACUACAACUCCUGCAAAGGAGAAUGUGAGAAGCAUGGCUACGAAGAGCAUUGCCACUGCUACGGUCCUUACUGA